AACACAUGUUUUUGCAUGACUGAAAUUCCUUUUGAAUAUGUUAGAUUCCUGGUGACGGCUCCCAGCAUUAUUCAUGUUGGUGUGAAGGAAAAGGUGUCAGUCCAGGUUGGGGAGGGACUGCUGAACAAACCUGUGACCUGUUACUUAGAGCAGGAGGUGGGACGUGUUGUUGUGUCAAAGCACGAGACCGUACGGAUCACUGAGAAAGGAAAAAUUGAAACACUAGAGCUUGAGAUCUCAACAGACAAAAUUGCAGGCUUAAUAUCGGCCAAUGGAGAGCCACCAUAUCUCAAUCUGGUGUGUGAUGUUGGUGAAAUUAAGAGAAAGACUCGGGUGUUGGUGUCCCAGCACAGAGGCUACAUCUUCAUUCAGACAGACCAGCCCAUGUACAACCCCACACAGAAAGUUCGGUACAGGAUUUUUACUCUGGAUCAUGCCAUGCGGCCGAUAUCCGAGAUGAUAGAUAUUAACUUAAUUAAUGCAGAAGGGAACACGAUCAAGAAAAUGCGUAUCAGGUCCAAAUUAGGCAUUUACAGCAAGGAUUUCUAUAUUCCUGAUGUUUCACAACCAGGUGUGUGGAAGAUCAAAGCUUACUACAGAGGUGAUGAGAAGAGUGCUACUAUUCAGGAAUUCAAGGUUCAAAAGUUUGUCCUUCCUAGUUUUGGUGUAACCAUCAAGCCUGAAACUGACCAUCUACUCAGGAGCGCUGAAAACUUUAAAUUCUCCAUUGAUGUUUCAUAUUCAUAUGGAAAGAAAAUCAGUGGUGGAUUUCACUGUCGCUUUGGGGUGAGAGCGGAGAAUACAGAUGGGCCAGAUGAAAUCACGUUCAUCAAGGGGCUAGAAAAAACUGGACCAGUAAGAAAUGGUGAAGCUGAAAUCACUCUUAAAAUCUCAGACAUCCUGGAGAAACUUGCAAAACUAAAGCCGGAAGCCCAGAAUGGAAUGAGGUUCUACAUUGCUGUUACUGUCACAGAUACCAUAAGUGGUGAGGUACAAGAGUCAGAAAUAUUACUUCCUAUGGUGUCACAGAAAUACAAAGUGGACCUGGACAGAACCAGAUCACACUAUAUUCCUAAAAUGCCUUUUGAAGUUAAGGUAGUGGUGCGUACUCCAAAUGGCCUGCCAGCUAAAGACGUUCCGGUGAAAAUGAGUGUAUCACACACCAAAGACAAAUCCAGAACUGCAAAUACAGACAAUGAGGGAGUAGCGUUUUCUGUUUUCAAUCUUGACGAAUCACCGCAAUCCAUUUCUGUUGAGGCAACCGUAGAUGGAUUUAAGUCAACAAAAGACAUAAGCAUUGCCACGUCCUCAAGCAAUGACUUCUUGCAGAUCAGUGCAAGCAAUAAUGUUUUGGCACCUGGAAAUCAGCUGAGUGUUAAGUUUGACGUUGUCAAUGGCCAACCAAAUGAUGGAUACAUUUACUACUUGGUCCUCAGCAAAGGUACUCUCAGAAAGUCAAGUUCUGUUGCAAUAGGAGAUGUAGCCACUGUCCAGCUCAACAUCAACCCUGACAUGAUUCCAUCCUUCCGCCUCAUUGGAUAUUAUUAUAACACACAUGGUGAAAUUAUAGCAGAUUCGAUCUGGAUAGAUGUCAAGGAUGUGUGUGAAGGAAAGGUUGUAGUGACAGAAAAGGAACAACAUGUUAAAAAUUUUUACAAUCCAGCACAAAGCAUUAAUCUUAACAUUGAUGUGGGAGACCAACAAGAUGCAAUAGUGGCAUUACUGGCUGUGGACAAAGCUAUCUACAGCCUGAACGCCCAAAACAAACUUACCCCAAAACAGGUGUUCUCCUCUAUGCAGUCUUAUGAUCUGGGAUGUUCGUAUGGUGGUGGUGAGAACACUGCUGCAGUAUUUAAUGAUGCUGGACUGACUUUCCUCUCUCACUCUUCAACUGUCAAGUCACAGAUGAGGAUAGGAUUUGGCUGUGAAUCAGGUUUCAGGCGGCAGAGACGUUCCAUAGAUGUCCAGAAAGAAUUGGCACAAAAAGAAACUGAGUACACAGAUGCAGUAUUGAAGAAGUGCUGCCGUCAUGGCCUAACACGGCUUCCAAUGAAGCUGAGCUGUGAGGAACGAAAGAAAAGAAUAAAUGCAAGUGACGAAUGUGAGGAGGUUUUCCUAAAAUGCUGCAACUUUGCUACGCAGCUGAGGGAAAAGAAGAAGCAGGAGGAACUAAAGAGUAGCUAUGGCAGAACUGCUAGUGCCAGUGAUAUUGAAAACUUUUUUGACAACGAGGUCCAAUAUAUCCGCCGCAGUUUCCCUCCCAGCUUUCAAUUUGAAGAGUUCAUUGUGAAUGGCCAAACUACAAAACUAAUCAUUCUCCCUGAUUCCAUCACUACCUGGGAGAUACAGGCUGUCAGUGUGUCUAGAUCGCAUGGUUUUUGUGUGGCCGAGCCUCUUGACAUACGUGCCUUUCAGGAGAUCUUUAUCUCUUUGCGUCUUCCCUACUCUGUCAGGAAGAAUGAACAAAUGGCCAUUGUUGUGGUCAUCUACAAUUAUGGCAAGAACGAAAGAGAGCUUGCCGUUCAUAUGAAACAAAUAGAUGGACUGUGUUCACCUGGGGCUUCAUCUACUGAUUCCUAUGUCAACAUCAGUUUGGCCAAAGGUAGCUCUGAGACAGUGACCUUUUCUGCUGUUCCUCUGAAGGAGGGUGAAUUCCCUAUCACUAUCCAACUUUAUGACAGAAAAUAUGAGUUGGGUGUCGAUGCCAUUCAGAAGACAUUGUUGGUGAUGAAUGAGGGAGUCCGUGUAAAACAAGAAGAAAGUAAAUUAAUUAACCUGAAUGGUAGAAGUGAAAACAUGUAUAUUGAUGGACGGUUACCAAAUGGUACAAUUCCUGACUUAGGUGGCAAUGUAUUUGUCAAAGUUGAAGAUGAGAUAUUUGGUACAGCAGCAGCUACACCCCUACUUACACCAAGCAGUGUGAAGAAGCUGAUCAAUGCCCCUCACGGUUGUGCAGAACAAACUAUGAUCAGGAUGUCCCCCACGGCUCUGGCCAUCCGUUACUUGGACUCAAACAACCGAUGGCUGGAACUGGAAGCUGAAAUGAGAGACAACGCUUUGGGCUACAUAGAGCAGGCCUAUGACAGGAUUUUGACAUUCAAAAAGCCUGAUGGCUCAUAUGGAGCAUGGACAACAUAUCCCACCAGUAACUGGCUAACUGCCCUGGUAGUGAAGGUGUUAUCCCUUGUGUCAGAGUGUGAGUUAUCAACAACUGAUGGCAGACAGAUCGUCUCACAACUCGAAAUUCGGCAUUCAGUCAAUUACCUUAUUGAAAAGCAGGGUGAAGAUGGGUCAUUUGCAGAUCCUAAUCCAGUCAUUCACAGAGAAAUGCAGGGUGGAAUUGGGGGUGUUGAACAAGAUGCCUCCCUCACUGCUUUCAUAGCCAUUGCACUUAAACGCUCCCUUCCUUUCUUGGACAAGGAAACUGAUUCUGUGAACAGUAGCAUCUCUCAAGCCACCGGAUAUCUCAGCUCUCGUGUUGAUGAACUACAGAGGCCGUUUUCUCUGGCUAUUACAACCUACUGCUUAUCAACUUGUCUGGAAGACAAGAAAGUGGCUUUGUCAGCUUGGAAGAGACUUAAAAGUCUAGCAAUAAAAGCUGGUGACUGUAAGGUGUGGAGGGAUAAUGAGGACAUGCGAUUGCUAGAUGAGAAGAAACAACACCUGGUUCCCUCAGUGGUGGCUCUUACAGUUGAGACCACGGCAUAUGCUCUUCUUACUGCUAUAGAACUUAAAGAUUUUGAAGAGGCAAAAUUGGCUGCCUGCUUCCUGACCACCCAAGAGAACUAUGAAGGCGGGUUCAAAUCCACACAGGAUACAAUUAUAGCCUUGGAAGCGCUCUCGGAGUAUGCAACGCGUUUACCCCCAGUGCCCUUAAAUAUAAUCAGUGUGCAGUUCACCAGUCGGAACAGGAAUGAAAAAGAAAGUUUGGUCUUGAACAAGAAAGGCGAGAAAGUGGAGACUGAUUUAAAGAGACUGCUGGGAAACGACAUAAUUGCAGAGUUUUCAGGGAAUGGACAAGCAAAAGUAAAGGUGGUGAAGGCUUACUACGUCCCAGACACUUUCAGCGACUGUCGUCAACUGUCAAUAGAUGUGACAGUAAAGGGCAAAGUAGAGUACACAACUCAGGUAACAGAAAACUAUGACUAUGACUACAGUUACGAUGAUCCGAAGGGAAGGAGGGAGGAGGAAGACUUCCCUCAAUCAGCCAUCGAGUGGUUCGAUGCACGCACAAGGCGCAGACGGGACACCCAGCAGAGCCAGAACUCUGAUGACAUAGUCAAAUACGAAGUGUGCAUCAGUCACUCCCUGAAGCAGAAGCUCACAGGCAUGGCUAUUGCUGAUAUCACAUUACUCAGUGGCUUUGAGCCUAAAACCGAGGAUCUGGAUUUGUUAAAGGACGCAGAAACCCCGUACAUAUCUCACUAUGAGUUUGAAAAUGGAAGAGUCCUGUUAUAUUUUAAUAAGAUAUAUAAUGGCCAUGAAUGUAUUGCAUUUGAAGCUGUACAAAAGGUACCAAUAGGUUUGCUGCAGCCUGCUCCUGCUACCAUCUAUGACUAUUAUGAACCAGAAAGAAGAUGCACUGUGUUCUAUGCAGCCCCAAGCAGGAGCAAGAGGGUGUCUGCACUGUGCUCUAAUGAAGUGUGUCAGUGUGCUGAAAGGGCCUGUUUCAAAGAAAAACAACAAUCAAGUAUCCGAGAGGAAGACCGCUUCAGACAUGCUUGCUACCAGCCUGUAGCAGAUUAUGGCUUCAUUGUCACUGUGAAAUCUGUAGAGGAUAAGAAAACCUUUGACUUUUACAACACCCAAGUGACUACGGUUCUCAAAUUCAAUGGAGAUGUCAGUGUGGAUGAAGGUAAGACUCGAUUUUUUGCCAAGAGGAAACAUUGUAAGAGUCAACUGAAACAAGGAGAGACUUACCUUAUCAUGGGCAAAGAUGGCUCUACUACUGACCUCAAUGGACAAAUGCUGUACCUCUUAGAUUCACAUACAUGGGUGGAGCAGAAGCCUUCCAAGGAGAAAUGUGAAGCAACAAAUAUGAAGUUAUACUGCAAGAAAUUUAAAGAGUUCCUAAGAAAAUACCAACUUGAAGGCUGCUCCCAGUAAUUAAGUCAAUCAGUGACAAAAUUAUGGUACAGUAAGUACACCUGAAUGGAAUUACAAUAGUACAAAUUGAUUGCAUGUUGGGGACAAACUUGUUUCUGUCACUGAGAAUCUGCUCCAACAUCCAAAAGUCUAGAAGUUAGCACACUCUUACCAGAUAGAAAUGGUAGCAUAAAAUAUAUAUUACUCUCUCCUGACUCAGAAGGAAAGACUUGUUUGGAAACCUCAAUUAUUUUCUACACUUUUCAACAUAAAUGACAAGCAAUUGCUACUAAUUAUUUUUAGUAUAUACACCUUUUAGGCAAAUUUUAUAAAUAUAUUCUACUUAAUGUGCUUUUAUUGAUCUUGUGUAAUGCACGGUCAGUUACAUAUAGUAUAUAUCAUCUUGUUAUUUUUGCAUCUUUGCUGCUGGCUUUUGCAACAAAUCGUAUGUUGACUGACAGUGAAAUUCUCUAAAGGCUUCUCAGCUCUGUUUAUUUAGAGACUUAAGAUAUGUACAGAUCGUUUGCUCUUAUAAAAUCUAAUAUGGUCCCCCAAAUAAAAUACUUAACCUAAAA